GUGCUUUUCUAACGUUUCUUAGCUUCCAAAGCCCAACAUAUAGAGCUGGUAAAAGCAGAGAAGAUCUGGUCAGGUCCUGAGACGCUGAGUCCAGAGCGAUGUUGCUGAAGACAGUGCUCUUCCUGGCCUUGGUGGCCCAGGUGCUGGUUCUGGAGAACGGGCUCCUGCGGAAGCCACCCAUGGGCUGGCUGGCCUGGGAACGCUUCCGCUGCAACACUGACUGUAACGAGGACCCAAAGAACUGCAUCAGUGAGCGGCUCUUCAUGGAGAUGGCUGACCGGCUGGCACAGGAUGGAUGGCGGGACCUGGGCUACGAAUACCUUAACAUCGAUGACUGCUGGAUUGGUGGACGUGAUGCCAAAGGCGACCUGGUGCCUGAUCCCAAGCGCUUCCCCAACGGCAUGGCCUUCCUGGCUGACUACGCUCAUUCCCUGGGCCUGAAGCUGGGCAUCUACGAGGACAUGGGCAACUUCACCUGCAUGGGUUACCCAGGCACCACGCUAGACAAGGUGGUCCAGGAUGCUCAAACCUUCGCCAAGUGGAAGGUGGACAUGCUGAAGCUGGAUGGCUGCUUCUCAACCCCCGAGGAACGGGCCGAGGGGUACCCCAAGAUGGCUGCUGCCCUGAAUGCCACAGGCCGCCCCAUCGCCUUCUCCUGCAGUUGGCCAGCCUAUGAAGGGGGCCUUCCCCCAAAGGUGAACUACACUCUGCUGGCGGACAUCUGCAACCUCUGGCGCAACUAUGACGACAUCCAGGACUCCUGGAGGAGCGUGCUCUCCAUCCUGGACUGGUUUGUGACGCACCAGGACAUUCUGCAGCCGGUGGCAGGCCCUGGGCACUGGAACGACCCAGACGUGUUGCUCAUUGGGAACUUUGGCCUCAGCUUCGAGCAAGCCCGGGCCCAGAUGGCCCUGUGGACGGUGCUGGCGGCCCCCCUCUUCAUGUCCACGGACCUGCGUACCAUCUCCGCUCAGAACAUGGACAUUCUGCAGAAUCCACUCAUGAUCAAAAUCAACCAGGAUCCCUUAGGAAUCCAAGGACGCAGGAUUCUCAAGGAGAAAUCCCACAUUGAGGUGUACGUGCGGCCCCUGGCCAGCGAGGCCAGCGCUAUAGUCUUCUUCAGCCGCAGGACAGACGUGCCGUAUCCCUACCGGACCUCGCUCGCCCGGCUGAACUUCACCAGCUCCAAGGUGUACGAGGCCCAGAACGUCUACACGGGUGACAUCAUCAGUGGCCUCCAGGAUAAAACCAACUUCACACUGAUCAUCAAUCCCUCCGGGGUGGUGAUGUGGUACCUGUAUCCUAUCAGGAAGCUGGGGACGCCCCAGCAGUGAGGAGCUGGGACGUGUGACAGGCUGUGGCAGCACCACUGAGCCCAGACCACGGAGGUUCCACGUGCCAAGGGCCGGUAGGUGGGGUCUUCUGCUACCCAUCAGACGCAAAGUGCAACGUCAGGGCCGGGUUCUACGCCCUGAACGAGUGUGAAGCCUCUUGGAAACUUGUCUUGGGGAGACUUCCUGUGGCCUUUCUGGCCUCUACCUCAUCUGCUCAGCCCCGUGGCUGUUGCUGAACAACUUGGCCAGCCUCCUCAGCCCCCAUAGGCAGAGGCACCGAUACUUGUCAGGAUUCUAGCCUCUGACCUUUUUCCUGACUCUGAAAUCAGGAUUUGGAAUUUUCUUAAAAUUAGGAGUGGAGCUCUGACCUCUUGUCGGGAAGUCCCAUGAAUUAUGUGAUCGGUUUUCCUGCCCGGAGAAGGCCUUACGGGCUGACGCUGCCUGGGAGUGACCUUGGUUCCUUCGGGUCACCAGUAAAGCUGUUCUUCAGUCAAG